UGAAGGAACAAGAUAUUGUGAAUCGUCUUCCAUUGCUUCCAGUGAGCUUUCAACGACUGAUUCUAAGGUGCAGGUCGUCCAUUUGGGCGUAAUAAAAGAAGAAAUCUGUGAAACUGUCGUGAGAAGUAAAGAUGAGUAGUGUGCAUGUGGUAGUGUUUAUGUAUCCAUUUCAAGGCCACAUCAUUCCAAUCUAUAACUUGGCCAAGCAUCUGGCAGCCAAGGGUGUCCUUGUGACCGUGGUUUGCACCCAUGAUUCCUACGCCCGCAUUAUCAAAGCCAAUAAUGGCCGCGACCCUUUCACCCAUAACGCCCACCAUAUUCGUUUGGCACUUGUGUCCGAUGGAUUGCCUCAAGACUUCGACAGAUCUCUCAAUCACCAUGACUUCAACAAUGUGCUCUUGUAUAAGAUGGAGUCCCACGUCGAGGAAUUGAUGGAGGAUCUGCAACGAAAGGGCCCUCCAAUCUCCUGCAUCAUCACCGACACAGUUUUCGUUUGGGCAGACCGCAUAGCCAAGAAAUUUGGGAUUCCACACGUUUCCUUCUGGACGGAACCGAUCAUGGUUUUUUCCAUUUAUUAUCACUGGGACCUCCUCGUCAAAAACGGCCAUCAUCCCUUCACAAGCAACGAGGACGAGCUGAUAAACUACAUUCCUGGGGCUCCAGCUUUGAAAUUAACAGAUCUCCCUUCAUAUCUACAAGAGCGGGAUGUAUCAACGUUGAAGCACAAAAUUAUAUACCAAGCUUUUCAGUCUGCCCGCGGAGCAGAUUGGAUUAUUUCCAACACAGUGGAGGAGCUGGAGAGACGAACAAUCCAAGAGCUGCGACAGCAGUUGGGAAUGCCUUUUUGUUCAGUGGGUCCCAUGUUUCAACACCAUCAUCAUGAUAAUCAUAAUCAUUCCAAGGGCGAGGUGGGAACAAGCAUGUGGGCUGAGUCGGACUGUAGGAGCUGGCUUGAUAGCAAGCCCAAGAAUUCUGUUGUGUAUGUCUCUUUUGGAAGCUACGCCCAUGUUUCCAAAGCUCAAAUUCAUGAAAUGGCCAUUGGUUUGCUGCACAGCAAGCGGCCCUUCAUUUGGGUGCUCCGUCCUGAUAUCGUUGCCUCUGACGUGCAAGACAUACUGCCAGAAGGGUUUAUGGAAGACAGCAAAGAGCAGGGUUUGGUUGUUGAGUGGGUGUCUCAGCUGGAUGUUUUAUCCCAUUCUUCUGUGGGUGGAUUUCUCACCCACUGCGGGUGGAAUUCCAUCAUGGAGAGUCUCUGGUUGGGAGUUCCCAUGCUCGCAUUUCCUCUGCUGACAGACCAGUAUACCAAUUGCAGGCUCAUAGUCCAUGAAUGGGAAGUGGCCAUGAGUCUGGGUCAAGUUUCUAGGAGUUCUAACAACAUAAGAUCCACGCUAGUGACCCGCCAGGAGAUUGCUGUCACCAUAGAAGAAUUUAUGGAAAUCGAUGGACGAAAGGGGAAAAACCUUAGGAGUAAUGUUGGGAGUGUUAGAGAAGUUAUGAAGAAAGCAGCGAUGAAUGGAGGUUCGUCAAAGAACAAUUUGGAAGGCUUUAUAGACUAUCUGAAAGGGAGAGAACAGAGCCGCUCUCCUUCACAGCUUGAGUCUCACAUAUGAAGCCGGGUGAAAGUUGAGACAGCAAUAUCUAAUAGGUAUAUAUUUAUAGAAUAAAUGUAUUAAUUUAUUUUAGUAAUAUUCACAAGAUCGAUUUAAAAGAUCAGGCGACUCAAUGUUAA